GUGGACGAAGAAGUUCAUGGAGUUGCAGCGUCAGGAGACAGCGAGUUGCGUCGCGCAGAGGAUUGUGGGUCGGGUCGAACGAAAUGGUGUUGGUGGCAGUAGCCUGACAAUAAACAUGGCGGACACAGAAUUUGAAGAAUUCCGGCACUAUUUCGAAAGACUGCCACAGCACAUCAAGGCCCCAGCUCAGAGUUACACGCUGGUGCACGAUGUGGUGCUAGACGAUGACUCCUCUACAUCGUCGAAGAGUGACGGAGAGGAGGAAUUAGUCUGCUGCAGCCCCACCAACAGCACCGGCUCCGAGCACCGCCGGGCUUCAGGGGACCUGGACGAUGAGGACGAGGUCACCGCCACAGCUUCAACCGAGACACGAAGUCGACACCCUAGCAGUGGACGAGGCACCCCAGGGUCGGGAGUCUGUCUACCGUUACACAGUGAGGAGCAGGAUGCCGGUGGAAAAGGGGUGCAUCUCUCAAACUGGGUAGAUCAGCACCGACCCGGGCCCGGCGAGAGGCGACGCCGCAAACUACCGGAGAUACCCAAGAAUAAAAAAUCAUCUGUGAUGGCCAUGGUGCAGCCGUCGCUGGCCGACGAGUUGGGAGAACUCAUGGACAAGGGUGACAAUAUUAUGCCUGAAUCUCUGCAAUUCGCACUUGGAGGCCAGACCAGACACCUCUUCAUACUCAAGUGUCAUAGUUACUUGAGAGAUGGAGCCAGUUCCCCGGACUCUGAGCGCUUCCACAGCACGGACGUGGAUUCAGGCAACUCCACAGCUCACUCACCAGACGGACCAAAAUCCAUGUCGCCCCAACUUGGACAUCAGGGGUCCCUGUCUCCGGAAUCCGCGUCGCCGUCGAGCAGUGGCGAAGUGCCCUUCACACAGCUAGAGCUGCUGGAGGCGACGCAUAGAGGGCUCCACAAGUUCGUGCCCCGACAUCACGACGAGAUUGAAGUGGAGAUCGGCGAUCCCAUCUAUGUCCAGAAGGAAGCAGAUGACCUCUGGUGCGAAGGGGUGAACCUGCGAUCGGGGCGUCAGGGCAUCUUCCCAUCAGCGUAUGCUGUCGAUAUGGAUUACAGCGAUUUCGACCCCAGUGCACCGAAGGUAAAGCGGGAGAGAUAUUUGCUGGGGUAUCUGGGUUCCGUGGAGACGCGGUGCCACAAGGGGAACGCCGUUCUGUGCCAGGCCGUCAGGAAGAUAGUAGGGACCUCGGGAGUUCCAAAACACAAGCCCCACUCGUGCAUCCUGGAGGUGUCUGAUCAAGGUCUCAGAAUGGUUGACCGAAGGAAGCCUUCACCCAAGGAUGUACCAUGCCAUGACUACUUCUACUCACUGAAGAACGUAUCAUUCUGCGCGUUUCAUCCCAGAGACCAUCGUUACCUAGGCUUCAUCACUAAGCACCCGCAACUCCAGAGAUUUGCGUGUCAUGUCUUCAUGGGAGCGGAGUCGACGAGGCCCGUCGCAGAAGCUGUCGGGAGGGCUUUCAAACGAUUUUACACGAAAUUCAUUGAGGCAGCAUAUCCUAUUGAGGACAUCUACAUUGAGUAGAAGGGCUUCAUAAACCCUGCCAUGACACCACGGGCCCCAGCCACACCUGCUUCAUCCUCCCUUCUAUUUGUUAGCUUCCAAGGAAACAUCUUUAUGAGUUAACACACUUCAUUGAACAAGACAGGAGCUCCAAGCUGGAUGGUUGUUGUGGUCCAACUUGAAUUCCAAACAGGGAUUUAAUUCUCAGCUGUGAUAAGGGAAUACAGACAUGGAAGUCACAUUGAAUGUGCUUCAGUUAGAAUGCUGGAUGAGAGGGUUGCCGAGCCAAUUCAGUUCUUCCAUUGUCAAGAAACCGACAGCUUACACAGACUUGUGAAAUACUGGCUGAGUCAAUCAGGAAGGUAGAGGGGCAUCUGCCUGACCAGUUUGUUGCCAUUAUGUAACAUAUAUACCAAUGCUACAAAUGGCAGUUUCACCUUUCUCGCUAGACUUAACUCUUGUAAGGGAAUAGUCCGUUUAAAUAUUAUUUAACAAUUUCGUUUCUAGCUCAAGAAUACCAUUUAUCUGUUAAAACAUUAUCAGUUAAUAAUGUUUAGGAAGUCGAUCACUGUUUAUUCUACAAACCACAUGAAACCCAUAAAUGUACCCUAUGGCUGAAAUUCCAGGUUACUUAAGUUAACCUUUACAGGCCAAAUUAUUUCUUCUGAAGUAGACUCAGAAUUUUAAUAAAGUAGGAUAUAUGCUUCCCACAUACAUACUGCAGGAAUGCUUAACUGGAUGAAUGUAUUUCCUACUGGCAAAGACAGUUCAGAAAAACAUGGCAUGAGAUGUACCCACUAUAAAAUGUUUGGAAACUUAAAUAGAAAGUAUAAUUCAUAGUUACAAAAAAAAAAGUUUGAACAAGGUUUCAGAGACAGAGUACCCCAGUCUCCAAAACUUUGCUUUUAAAUAAAAACACAGGGCAAUAGAUAAUGUCCAAAAAAUCAAUAAUUAUAUUAAUAUACCACUAUCACAUAUUAAAUAGAAAGUAUAAUUCAUAGUUACAAAAAAAAAAGUUUGAACAAGGUUUCAGAGACAGAGUACCCCAGUCUCCAAAACUUUGCUUUUAAAUAAAAACACAGGGCAAUAGAUAAUGUCCAAAAAAUCAAUAAUUAUAUUAAUAUACCACUAUCACAUAUUAAAUAGAAAGUAUAAUUCAUAGUUACAAAAAAAAAAGUUUGAACAAGGUUUCAGAGACAGAGUACCCCAGUCUCCAAAACUUUGCUUUUAAAUAAAAACACAGGGCAAUAGAUAAUGUCCAAAAAAUCAAUAAUUAUAUUAAUAUACCACUAUCACAUAUU